AUGGAUUCAUUAGCUGUUGUUUCAUUAGCUAAUUGGUUAAGUCAAGAAACUGGCAUUUAUAUACCAUUAGUUGAUCUUCUUCAAGGACUUUCAAUUGAAACAAUUGCAAUACUUGUUUAUAAUAAACUUAAUGAAAAAGAACAAACAACAUCAUCAGCUACAAAAGAACAAGAUUCAGAUUUUGAGUUGAUUAAUGAAAAUGAAGCUCAAUAUUCUAAUACAUCAACAUAUACUGGUUUAGAAAAUAUCAUUUGUCUACAUCGUUCAAAUCAAAAUAAUACUUCAACUCUUUUUUGUAUUACUCAAAUAUCAAAUGAUAAUAAUAAUAAUAAUAAUGAAAAUUUAUUUAAAUUCUUUAUUGAGAAAUUAUCUAAUCAAAAAAAUAAAACAUCAUCAAAUGAUAUAUAUGCUUUACAAAUACUAUCAUCUCUUUCUUCAUCUACUAUACCUACAUAUGCUUAA